CUUGUAUGAAUGACUACAGCUCAAGCUCAGCUUAAGAGCUAAUUCCGAAUCGUAAAUGCACUGAUGGUCAGCAAGCUUUACCAACAGUUGGUGGACUUUUGAGGUAGGCCAGUGAUCAGCGCAGUGCGGGGUAGCUCCUCGCCUCUCGGUUCCAUCACCGACCCGCGCUGUGACCCCUCCAAAGUAUGUCGCGAUCGGGCUUGAUGACGUUUACGCUGUCGAGGUAGCUUCUAACUAUUUAGGCCGUCUCUUUGCCAUUUUGACCAUUCCCACUUCUCACAGGAAGUCAAUUAACUGCUAGCCGGCCUCAGCAGAUUACGUUCGCUCUUCUCAACGUCUUGUUCAACAAUUAUCCAGCACAACUCGCGACCAUGGCAUCUAAGGAGCUACCCGCACGUCUCAAGGAAGGCAUCGAGAGCACCAAGGUCGAAUACCGCCAGCUCGGAAAGUCCGGACUGCGUGUUUCAGUUCCCAUCUUUGGCUGCAUGAGUUUUGGAGACUCACGCACCAUCGGCUGGGCUCUGAAUGAGGAAGAGGCACUUCCUCUCCUGAAGGCCGCUUACGAUAAGGGGUUGAACACGUGGGAUACCGCGAACGUGUACUCCAAUGGAGCUUCGGAGCGAACGAUUGGCAAAGCACUUAAGAAAUACAACAUCCCCCGUGAGAAGGUGGUCAUCUUGACCAAGUGUUUCUUUGCUGUCGGCGAAGAGCCAGAGACUCGCCACUUCAACUUCCGCGAGGAGAUUAACAAGUCCAAGGACUACCAGAACCAAUGGGGUUUGUCCAGAGCUUCUAUCUUUAACCAGGUAGACGCUUCGUUGCAGAGACUGGACACUCCGUACAUCGACCUCCUCCAGAUUCACCGAUUCGACCCCAGGACACCCGUAGAAGAGACGAUGAAGGCGCUGCACGAUUUGGUGCAGACAGGGAAGGUCCGCUACAUCGGUGCCAGCAGCAUGUGGGGUACCCAAUUUGCCCAGAUGCAGUUCACUGCCGAGAAGAACGGCUGGACAAAAUUUGUGAGCAUGCAGAAUCAGUAUAAUUUGUUAUAUCGCGAAGAAGAAAGGGAGAUGAACCGAUUCUGUGACUCCACUGGAGUUGGACUCAUCCCGUGGGCACCUCUUUGCCGUGGUCACUUGGCCCGACCCCCGAAGGACUUCGGCUCCACUUCUCGUAGCAAGACCGAGAAGGAGGGUCAGCCCGGAAGCCAUGGAACGGUGGAGCCGGACCUCACCAUCAUCAAGCGAGUUCAGGAGAUCGCGGAGAAGCGGGAUUGGCCCAUGUCCCACGUGGCUCUUGCAUGGAUCAAUAAACGAAUCACGAGCCCUAUUAUUGGCUUCAGCAGCGUCGAGAGAAUUGAUCAGGCAAUCACUGCCGACGGCAAGGUCUUGACCGACGAGGAGGAAAAGUACCUUGAGGAACUGUAUCAGCCCAAGGCCAUCUCGGGUCAUGCGUAAUUAAGCCACGCGGGGAAGGAUCUAGCUACUUAGCCUUUGAAUAACAAAGUAGAGCCAAUCGGAUCUUUUCAUGAGCCUUCUUGAAUAUGUCUGUAUAGUAUCAAUAGUAUACAAGAUAGCUAGCAUCUCCCUGGAAGUUGGCAAAGAUUGACUCUUCUAAGACAUCCACGAGGC